GAGUAGGCUCAUUAUCACAGCCCGGCUUCCUGCCGAGGUAGAAGCAAAAGACUGGAGUAGUUCAUUAAUUGAUUUUCUUCAGUAUUUUUGUUUUUACUUAGCAGACUACUACAUUGUUUAACAUAAUUAUAACAAAAUGGCGUUAGAUUAUCUCAACACUGGUGUAGCAAAAAUGGACACUUGGAACGGACAAAUGUCGGCUUACGGCGCAAACCAAACUGUGGUAGACAAAGUUCUACCCGAAAUGCUUCAUCUCGUUGACCCACAUUGGUAUCAAUUUCCUCCUAUGAAUCCGCUAUGGUACGGUUUAUUAGGUUUUACGAUUACUUGCUUGGCUAUCACAUCGAUCACCGGAAAUGCUAUGGUCAUCUAUAUCUUCACGACGACAAAGAAUCUCAAGACUCCUUCAAACUUGCUUGUCGUCAACUUAGCUGUUUCCGACUUCCUGAUGAUGGCUUGCAUGGCACCUCCUCUAAUCAUUAAUUCUUACAACGAAACAUGGGUAUUCGGUCCACUUUUCUGUGCGAUUUAUGCUUGCGGAGGUUCCUUAUACGGUACAGUAUCAAUCUGGACAAUGACUGCAAUCGCCUUCGAUCGAUACAAUGUGAUUGUUAAAGGCAUUGCGGCCAAGCCAAUGAGCAUCAACGGAGCUCUGUUGCGUAUCUUGGCCAUCUGGCUUUCAUCACUCGCCUGGACUGUUGCUCCAAUCUUCGGAUGGAACAGGUAUGUCCCAGAAGGUAACAUGACAGUAUGUGGAACUGAUUACCUCAGCAAGGACUGGUUUAGCCGCAGCUACAUCAUCGCUUACGCUGUCUUCUGCUAUUUCCUGCCUUUGGGUCUUAUUGUCUAUUCUUACUGGUUCAUCAUCCAAGCAGUGGCAGCUCAUGAAAAGGCCAUGAGGGAACAAGCAAAGAAAAUGAAUGUAGCGUCUCUAAGAUCCUCUGAUGCUGCGAACACCAGUGCUGAGUGCAAAUUGGCUAAGGUUGCUUUAAUGACCAUCUCCCUAUGGUUUAUGGCCUGGACUCCAUAUUUGGUAAUCAAUUUUGCGGGCGUAUUCGAGACGGCACCUAUUAGUCCCGUCAGUACAAUUUGGGGCUCUGUUUUCGCCAAAGCGAACGCAGUUUAUAACCCAAUCGUAUAUGGGAUAAGCCACCCGAAGUACAGAGCCGCACUCUACCAACGAUUCCCAUCACUGGCGUGCCAGCCUUCUCCAGAUGAAAGUGGGUCUGCGGCUUCCGGGAACACUGCUGUUUGCGAAGAAAAGGCCCCUGCAUAAUUAUAAAUGUAGUAUUAAAAAGAUAACCAACGAUGACGACUUGGAAAUGCUAACUGGAUCUGAUAUUCACUGAUAAAUCGAACACUGAACAAAACAAGUGAAAGACAUUAAUCUUAUAAAUUUUUUCUUGAACAAUUAAUAUUGUGUUAUUCGAUAUAAAGAUUUCUGCGCACUUUAAUUUUCGGUGUAUCGAUUUAAUUUAAUGUAAUU